ACUUGGAGAGACCGCCGGGAUGUUUAAUAGAUCCACCUUCAAGCGCCUUCCCCGGGGCAGGGGCACGGGCGAACCGCCGAGGGAGCGGAGCUGCGGGGCGCCGAGCCUGCCCGAGAGCGGGGACCGGGGGGCAGCGGGGACUGCGGGGGAAGAGGCGGUGGAAAAGUGCAGGAGCAGCUGCCGUACACAAAGGAGCCACGCGCCCGGCGCGGACGGACUGACGGACGGAGCGGCCGCCCGACAAAGGCGGGGGCACCGUCAGCGCCGGCGGAGCGGGGCACGGCGGGGCCGCGGCCGCCCCGCGCUGCCGGGCAGGGGGCGCCUACCCGGGCUCGGUGCAACAGGGCUGCGCUGGGCGGGCGCUGCGGGGCCAAGUGCCGAGCGAGCGGCGCCGCGCUGGCAGCGCUCCCGGCCCGCGCCCCUCCCCGCCCCGCCCGCCGCCGCUCCCCCGCCCGCGCCCUGCCCAUGGCUGUCCUCGCUCCCGGAAGGGUCCAGUCGUAGGCACAGCCCAGCCGUGUCUGCUCCCUUGCACAGAGCUUUGCUGACCUGAAAGUCUGCUACAGAACUUUUGGAGAAAACACUAAAGCAGCACAAGGCCAGCUAACCUUACAACUUGAGCCCUGCAGACAAGGUGCAAGGAAGAGUCAAGGCUCCAGUGACAGGGAGAGGAUUGCCUUUUGGGUCUAGGGCGGAUUCCUGGGCAGUUCUCAUGCCACUGAAAGUAUGUCCCAGAUGGAGCUUCCUCCAUUGAGCUGCAAAAUAGCAAUGGUAACCUAAGUAUACAAGGCUUAACUGUACAACAGCAGCAAGACCUCUGAAGGACAGACAUCCUUGGGCCCAUGCUCAGUCCCCCUUCUGAUGCCUGCCUCAGGAGCUGAGUGCCCCACACUUCAUCUCCAGGCAUGAUUAUUCACUGUCUAAAAACAUCAGGAGCAAACUGUAAAACAGUCAACAGCUACAUCAUGUAGAAAGGAACAUCUUCCCACUUCCAUUCCUAGAAAUCUUAUGUUCAAUAUUUCUGGUGGCACAAGUAGCUCCUGGUUGCACAGGACAUGCCAGAUCACCCUUAUUCAGGAUAUUGGUUCUGAAGUAUCACACUUUGAAGCAAACAUCUCUAGCACGGUAUUUUGCACUAAGAGCAGAAUUAAACAUAGCACAGAUACAUGUUUGUAUUUCCAUAGAGCAUUCAGAGUUUAACUUUCUAGAAAACUGUGUAUGAACGGGUAAAUGCCUCGAUAGCAAAGAUAACAGGCAUACACUGUCACAUACCUAAUCCAAUUUCAUAUUCAUUAUGGCAACUGUUCUUAACCGAAGGCAAAAGACUGCAAAAUGUACUCUGUUGCCAGGAGAGGAAUGGUUAAGGCACGUACAGCACAGAAUAUUCACACAGGCACACCCCAUAUCAGUGGCAAAAAAUUACUUAUGCUCCUGAGAGAAACAAACUGUUCAGAAAAAGACAAUGAAACUGUUUCAGACUGCAACAUCACAUCAGAGCAUUCCUCCAACACAGUGAUGGAAAAGUGGUUGUGUACAGGCACAGCAAACUGAGGCUAAAAGUAAAAGUAGAAUUCUACCCAAGUGCAUGUUAUAUUAAACAGAUUCUUAGGUGUAGGAACAGAUCGUUGCCCUCAAGUUCUGGACUGCUCUGCUCUGUGAACACAGCUAUUUCCCACUGCCUAGCUCUGGGUCCCUGCACUUCUCAUGACACCUGAAAGCACAUUUCCACUGAACUCAGAGGAAGAUUACACGAGUGAGGAAUGAACAGCAGGUGAUUCCCGAUCUGGCUUUGGUCCUGCUGCCACACUGCAAGGAGACACUGCAGGGCUGCAGAGCUGUGAUCCAUGGCCCUGGCACUGCCUGGCAGCACAGCCCAGCCCAGCCCAGCUCUCCUGUCCCCUGCUGGAGCAGCAGCCUCUGCUGCAGGCUGGCUGCAGGUGGGAGGCACAGCACUGGUUGGGAGACUUGGGGUCAGCGCAUGUGCAAAUAGUGGUGAUGGAAAUAGCGAUGAUUUUAAGUAUUCUGCUGUUUGCAACACAGUUCCUUCUGAAAGUAAUACACACAACAGUAAUACCUCAAAAUACUCUGUUUUGACAUCACUGACUCGGAAAGUUAACGUAAAUUGGAACAGACUCAGUCAGCAUUAAAAAAAAAAAAGUAAUUAAAAAAAACCCUCAAGCGAGGCAAAACAUCCCCAAAGUAAUAUUUGGUGAAAAGUUUUGAAAUACUCUCUGUUUAUACUAUAAUGAAAAUUAAGCAAAACUUCAAUAUUUUCAACAAUAAAAGAAUUACAAUUCCUGGGUACAAGCUACUUUUGUCACUCCUACCUAACCCCCAAAGUCUUUUGCAGAACUAGUAUGACUGCAGUGAAAUGAAAUAGUAAUCUAAAGAAAAGCAGAAGAGAAACUGGCAUAUAUAUGCUAAUUUAUUUUUCUUUUUGAAUAAAAUAUUAUGAUUUAUGUGAUACUAUACCAGAGAGAAUUGUACUAAAAAAGAAACUAAAGAAUUAGGCAAGCGUGUGUUUUUCUUUCUCAACACCUCUUCAAUGUAGUGCAUUAAAUAAGUAAACUUGAGUAAUCUCUGCUAUACUUUUAGUGCAUAUACAUAACGUCAUUAUGUGUUUUUUUUAUUACAGUGCAUUUAUCUCAGGAGUACCUUAAAGAUGAAAAGUGAGCCGAAGUAUUUAUAACCUUCUGUACAUGAUGCUUGAAAGGAGUCCAACAAAUUCUUCUCUCAAGCCAUUCUCUUAAAGGUCCUUCAGUAAAAUUAUGGCUUUGAAAGUCUACUUUUGUCUCUUUUUUUUCUUUCAGAGUAGAUGGAGUAUGAAGUAUUUGCAAUUUUGAGUAAGUUUUCUUUUUUUCCCUGCUGGUUUAAUAAAAGCAAGUAUCUAUCUACA